AAACAUACUUGACUUAAUAUUGUUCUAGAAAAUUGUGAUGUUUUUUUUUUUUUAUCUGAAUAUGUCUUCAGCUUACAGAUGCCCUGAAAACAGUCAUUAUGAAUUUUGUGGUAGCGCUUGCCCUUUGACCUGCAUGGGCCUCGGGGCUCAUUUGAACUGCACUUUACCCUGUGUCGAAACAUGCGCUUGUGAUCCUGGUUUUGUUCUGAGUGGAUCAAAAUGUGUACACUCUGCCCAAUGUGGCUGUUCCUACAAUGGACGCUACGUUCCUGCCGGGGAGGCUUUCUGGGCGGAUGAUGCUUGCCAGCGGCUUUGUCGUUGCUCCACGGAGGGUGGAAGUCUAGAAUGCCAAGAUGGAGGCUGUGGGGCUGGACAGCACUGCCAGGUGGUGAAUGGCAUUAGGGGCUGUUAUCAUGUCUCCCAAAGCACCUGUAUGGCACUGGGCGACCCCCACUACUACACCUUUGACGGGAAGUACUUUGACUUCCAGGGCAACUGCAUGUAUCAGUUGGUUGGGGUUUGUGUCUCAGAUCCUGGACUGGUGCCAUUUGAUGUGCUAGUGCAAAAUGACUUUCGGGGAAGCAGAGCGGUGACGUUCACAAAGCUACUGGAAAUCAAAGUAUAUAAUAUCAGCAUUGUUAUCGAUAGAGAAUACAGCAGUCAGUGGUGA